AUGGAGAACUUUUCACAGAUCGAUAUUUCACUAAUGAUAUCUGAUCUGAUAAUAAUAAAAGAUGAAGUUGAACAUCUAUAUAGAAAAAAAAGAAAUAGAUUCCCAGACAACUCCUAUUAUGAUCCAUGUCCUGGCAGCGAUGCUUGUGUUGAGGGAGAAGUUUGCAACACUCUGAAAGAUAACAUUAAUAUAUGUAAUGUAGAUGUGAAAGAAUGCCUGAAUGAUUGGAUAUCAUUUUCGAAUCACUGUUAUUUGUUUGUGUAUACCAAAAGGUCUUUGGAAAAUGCAAAGGUUGAAUGCCAGACAUUAGGGGGAUACUUGGUGAAAAUUGAAAAUAGUGAGGAGAACACAUGGAUUAAGUCCAUAAUUAAAGAUCAAAUGUGGAUAGGAUUAAAUGAUCGUCAAACAGAAGGACAUUGGGUUUGGGAUUAUGAUAAUUCAACACUUACGUAUAACGAUUGGUCCCCUAUUGAACCAAAUGGCAGAGAAAGUGAAAACUGUUGUGUGUUUUGUUCUGCAUGCUCGUUAAGUAGUUACAGAUGGAAUGAUGUUGGUUGUUAUUUACAAUAUGGAUAUGUGUGUGAGAAACUGUUGUAAAGAGAUGUAUUUCAUUUAGCUUCAACAUUUCGUUACAGUCCAUGUUGCACUCGUUCCUUCCAUUUUACGCCAAUUUAUAACAUCCGAUAGGUAAAUAACCGUAUAAUAUAUUUGACAACAUUUUAAAAGAAUGAAAUAUUAUAUCAUCAUUACGAAAUAAUUCAUAUAAAACCCACAUCUCUGUUAAUAGAUUACAAAUAAGGGAACUUAAAAAAAAGCAAUGACAAAUACUAGACCCGUGUUCUUUUUUUGUAGAAGUAUUCAAUUGAAAA